ACAGCUGGCAGGGAGCAGUCAUCAGCGUUGCUGAGGAGCAGGGAGCCAGGCCCAGGCGCACCGUGCCCGUGUGUCUCCUCUCAACUCAACUCAAAACCGGCUGCAGCCCUCUGCAUCGCUGGAGCUGCCUGGCCCUCUCGGUGCUGUGGUGUCUCCUCAGGUGUUUGGGGCUGGUGGUGCUGAGGGAGGGAGAAAACCGAAGUGAAACAGAUCUUCCUGUGUUGUUGGUAGAGCAGAGCGCUGCAUGCCUCUUGAGAAACCCGAUGGGAAGGCCACAGAACGAAUGAACAGUCUGACAUAGGAAUACAAGGAGCCGGGUUAAUGAGCAACGCUGGGUAAUGAGGGCUUCAGGAGAUCUUUUGUCUCAGCACCCAAAGUGCUUCUGAGGAAACAGACAGAAAAAUCAGGGAGGGUGGAAACCUAGCCCUCGUAAUCACAGAAUUGUAGGGCUUGGAAGGGACCUCUGGAGAUCAUCUAGCCCAGCUCCCUGCUAAAGCAGGUUCCCUACAGCAGGUCACACAGGAGAGCGUUCAGAUGGGUGUUGAAUAUCUCCCGAGAGGGAGAGGCAAUCGAUGGGAAAGCCCCAAAGAGGAGUCCUGUGAAGGCCUGGGUGGCACCUAAAAUUGUCAGAAGUCCUACCCCUCACUGGGGUCGGAUCUAGGAUUAUUGACAAUGUGUGUAGUGUCCUCAUGAAUGCCUUCCCGUUGUUGAGGCUUGCAGCUGGUUUUCCUAUGUACCUGACCAGGUUUUGAAGGCAAGGCAAAAGCCAUUAAAAAUUCCAUAUACGUAGGGUUUUUUUGUUUGUUUGCUUAAAAAAAAAAAAAAGCCCAGUUGAAUGUGUGGAUGAAUGGUUGUUUAAACUGGUGAAUUUAAUGAAAAAAAUGAGGAUGUUUGCUGAGUGAGACUCACACUGUGUGAAAUUCUUCGGUGCUCAAUGAGAUGUGUAAUCUAGAUCAAAUAUUAGCACAUGCUAUUUGAGGUAAAACCCAUCAUUCUGUGGAUUGCACUUUUGGGUAACAUUAACGAAGGAUAAGCGGACUAUUCCUUUUAUAUUGGGCUGAUUUAUGUUGCUUCAGUGAUAAGCUCCAUACAUCUAAUAACUGUGAAGUUGGAAUGGGCCUCUCAGGUUGAGGACUCUUGACUUUUAAGUGAUUGCAAACAUAGGAGGAUGAAAGGGAUCUGUGGCUGUUGAGUAUUAUUCUUCUGCUAGAUGGACAGAUGUUGAAUGUGUUGUCAUCUUAGCAGCUCUACUUGUUUUGUGGUUUGGUUUGUGGGGUUUUUUUUAAGCUUUAAUUUGCCAUCUUUUUCCAAGUUUAAGGUUGUAUGUUGAUUUUUUUGUGCGUAUUGAAAUGGCUUAGGAGAAAUUGCUUGUAUUUAAUAAUCACAGUUUUGUGGAAAUAAUAAUGCCCUCAGUUACUUUGUUUAAAUAGGAGUGCACAUUCUCAGACAGUUUCUGUGGAGCAAAACAACACAGCACAAUACAGUGACAAAGUAGAAGGAAAAUUGUUGAGACAACUUGCCACAGUCUAGCCUGAUAAGAUGAGUGAAUUUGCGAUCAGAAACAUGGAUCAAGUAGCACCUGUCUCCAAUAUGUACAGAGGAAUGCUCAAGCGGCAACCAGCGUUUGACACCUUUGAUAGCUCCAACUCCCUGUUUGCUGGCUACUUUUUAUCGCUAAAUGAAGAUCAAACGCUCCAGGAAGUGCCAACGGGAUUUGAUUCUACUUCUUACGAGUCCAACAACUGUGAAUUGCCUCUGUUAACCCCGUGCAGUAAGGCUGUGAUGAGUCAAGCCCUGAAAGAUACUUUCAGUGGCUUCACAAAGGAACAGUGUCGGCUGGGUAUACCAAAUAAUCCCUGGUUGUGGACUGAACAGCAUGUUUGCCAGUGGCUUGCAUGGGCUACCAAUGAAUUUAGCUUGGCAAAUGUGAACAUCCAUCAGUUUCUUAUGAGUGGCCAAGACCUCUGCAACCUGGGCAAGGAACGCUUCCUGGAACUUGCACCUGACUAUGUGGGUGACAUUCUGUGGGAACACCUGGAGCAGAUGAUAAAAGACAGCCAAGAAAAAACGCAGGAUCAAUAUGUGGAGAGCUCUCAUCUCACCUCAGUUCCUCACUGGGUCAAUAAUAACUCCUUAACUGUUAAUGUGGAUCAGACUCCCUAUGGUAUACAGAUGCCUGGGUACCCUAAAGCCCUCAGUUAUCCCAAGCCCAAUCUCCUGAGUGAUAUCUGCCAGACUUCUACAGGACCAAAUCUCCUUAGUCCAGAACAAGACUUUUCAUUGUUCCCUAAAACCCAAGUAGAUGCAGUUAGUGUGAACUACUGUACUGUAAAUCAAGAUUUCACAAGAAGUAAUCUGAACUUGCUGAUAGAUAAUUCUGGCAAACUUAGAGAACACGAAUCCAGUGAAAGUGGUGCAGAAAGCUAUGAAAGCUCAGAUUCAAUGCUGCAGUCCUGGAACAGCCAGUCGUCGCUAGUGGAUUUACAGCGUGUGCCAUCCUAUGAGAGUUUUGAAGAUGACUGUAGCCAGUCCUUGUGUAUGAGCAAACCUACGAUGUCUUUCAAAGACUAUAUUCAAGAUCGAAGCGAUCCUGUAGAGCAAGGGAAACCAGUUAUACCAGCAGCAAUUCUAGCUGGCUUUACUGGCAGUGGACCUAUACAGCUAUGGCAAUUCCUGCUGGAGUUACUGACUGACAAGUCCUGCCAGUCAUUUAUUAGUUGGACUGGAGACGGAUGGGAGUUCAAACUUGCUGACCCAGAUGAGGUGGCACGGAGGUGGGGAAGGAGGAAAAACAAGCCAAAAAUGAACUAUGAGAAACUCAGCCGAGGGCUGCGCUACUAUUACGACAAGAACAUCAUCCACAAGACCUCGGGGAAGCGCUACGUUUAUCGCUUUGUGUGCGACCUGCAGAACUUGCUGGGGUACACAGCGGAGGAGCUGCAUGCCAUGCUGGGGGUGCAGCCCGACACCGAGGACUGAGCCCGACCACCUGGUGCCGCACCAGCGGGGAGUGCUUGUUGGGACUGUGACCAGGAGCCGUCUGCAGUCAGUUCUUCUGGCUGUUCGGAUGGGUGCAACUGUGAUGAAAUAAGGACCUUGACUGAUUUUGUAACGAGGGAAAGUUGGAAGGAAGUGGCCUUAUUUCAUCAGUGGCUUCAGAUGUUGCUGUAUCAGGCGCUUGAGCAGCAUGGAAGUCGAUACAGAUCACAGCUCUGUCACGAUGACACAGAAAGGCUUUAGGGUUAAGCAUUUUGACCACCUAUUCUGCCAUAUAAAAUGCUUUGGCUACUUAAACUGCCAUGUAAUGAUGGGUUGGCUUUAAAACCAAAGGUUGGAUGAAGAAACCGGUGAUGGAGCAGAACAAUUGCUCAGAUUCUUUUUUUAACACGCCAUCGUCUUUGCUUCCAUCUUCUAUCAUGCAAUUUAUUUAAGAAAAACUAAUUUAUUUUAAAAGAGCAGUAAGAAGAAUUGAUAUUAAUGUUUUUGUUCUCAAGCAUGUUUUUUUUAUUAUUACUCCAGAAAUGUGCUGCAUAGGUACAUCAACACCCUGUGUCCGAAACCAGAUGUAGCAACUCUUUUAAAAAGGAAAAACCCUCAUGAGAAAGGAAGGAAAAUCAUACCAUUUCAAUAUUCAGUUUUGUAUAUAUUCUGUGAUUCUUUUUGCAACUCCGUAAUGUUCCUAUUUAACAGAUACUGUAUAGUGUAAAUUAAACUAAUUGUAUGUGUGUGUUUUUUUUUUUUUUUUGGAAAUAGGACGAAUGUAAACCUAUUGAAUGGCUAUUUCAUGUUUGUCUAGGAUAUACAACCUUCUGCAAAUAUUUAAUUGGCCUCGGGGACGACAUAAGUACUGAGUAUGCAUGCAUAUGGUAUGCCGAUGACAUGACACUGGGGGGGUGGGCGCGGUGGGAAGCUGGCUCAGUGUUUUGUUAAGACUGAAGCUGGCAAUUCUUUGUGCAUUUUGGCAUUUUUACAAGAAACUAAUAUUAUAUUCUGGGACAUUAAGGGCCUAUUUGUGGUUUCUUCUUUUAACUGAAAAUGAAAAUAUUAAGAUGGGUAAAAAUAACUUUUUUCCUUUAUAAAUGGCAUAUGUUUUUCAACUUCUAUGCAUGUCCUUUUAAAGAAAACAAAAAAAACAAAUUUAUAUACAAGCCUUAUUUUUUCAGUUGACUUGUCUCUUCUUCCUGCAGUUUAUCCUGUAUGAUUAAGAUAUGAAUUCUAUUUUUGGAAUAACUGUGACUCCUUUUCAGAGAUCAGGAGGGAUUUAUGUAGCAGCUAUUUUUACUGCACAAAAAGAAAAGAAAAAAAAAACACCAUAAAAUAAUUCACUGGAAAAAUGUACUUUGUAAGAAAGCUUUAUUUUUUAUCUGAGCUUGGUGUACGUUUCAAUGUUGUAAAGUGUGAGAGGUUUGAAAACGAGUCCUUAUUAAAACCUCUUGAACAAGGGA